AUGGGGUCAAAGGUCUCUGUGGAUGAUUCUGUCCGCGUGGUCGUAGUUGGAGGCGGCUUCGGAGGAAUGGAAGCUGCCCGCCUCCUGCAGGAUUGGGGGAUCCCUUUCAUCCUGGUGGACAUGAGAGAUUCCUUCCAUCACAAUGUGGCUGCUCUGCGGGCUUCUGUACAGAGUGGAUUUGCAAAAAAAACCUUUAUCUCCUUCUCUGAGACCUUCAAAGACAGUUUCCAGCAGGGCAAAGUAAUUGAGAUUGAUUUGGAGAAACAUCAGGUCCUCCUGAACGAUGGUAAAGUGCUUUCAUUUUCUCAUCUGAUCCUUGCCACUGGGAGUGAAGGGCCUUUUCCUGGGAAGUUAAAUGAACUUAUUAAUAUGGAGAUGGCUAUUCAGGCUUAUGAGAACAUAGUGAAAGAGGUGGAAAAAGCUGAGCGGGUGGUAAUCGUAGGUGGCGGUUCUGCCGGGGUUGAAAUGGCUGCAGAAGUUCAGACAACCUAUCCUAACAAGGAGGUCACACUUGUUCAUUCAAAAAUGGCAUUGGCAGAUGAUGGACUUCUUCCCAGAGUCAGGGAGGCGGUGAAGGAGACCCUUACACAGCAGGGAGUCCAUCUCUUGUUGGGUCAGAAAGUUUCUAAUCUCCAUAUGCUGUCUUUAAACCAAUUCAAAGAGAACAUGAUGGUGAAGACUGAUAAAGGAACAGAGGUUGCUGCUGAUCUGGUCAUUCCGUGCACUGGAAUAAAAAUAAACUCUUCAGCAUAUAGCAGCGCAUUCAGAGACCAGCUGGCAAAUAAUGGUGCUUUGAAAGUGAAUGACUACCUUCAGAUUGUGGGAUAUGACAAUAUCUAUGCCAUUGGUGACUGCUCAGAUGUGAAAGAACCAAAGAUGGCAUAUCAUGCUCAGCUCCAUGCAAACGUUGUGGUGUCCAAUAUUAUCAACAGCCUGACUGAGAAGCCUCUGAAAGUCUAUAAACCAGGAUCGCUUACCUUCCUUAUCUCCCUGGGAAGUAAUGAUGGAGUGGGACAAAUACGUGAAUACUAUGUAGGACAUCUUUUAGUGACUGUUCUCAAAAGUAAAGAUCUUUUCAUCUCAAAAAGUUGGAAGAAAAUGCAUCAGCAUAUGCCAUGCUAGGAAUGGAACUGCCAUAAAACAAAAACAGAACCGAGGGUACCUGUGAUGAAUUAGUGAUGCGGAUUUUGCUUCCAUUAAAUCACAAUUACUUUUAGGAAACUAAGCUUAAAACCUAGAUUGUAGAUUUUAUCAGUAGAUCUUGGUAGAAACUAUUUCACAUUAGACUUUGGAGUUGGUUUGUAUGUUGUUAAUCAGCUAACAUGGAUAUUGGUCUAAAUUAAAUUUUGAAUGGAGGAAUUGAUUAUCAUGUAAGUGUAGAACACAAAACAAGGUUUAGGCUCAGAAAUUUUCAGUGCUAGAUAUAUCUACGCAGUGCACACAUGUUGGUGUGCUAUGGCCUGUAUAAGCACUCUUAAACAUUCUUUAGCACUUUAAUUCAAAUUCUUAUGGGAAAAGAGUUAGUGAUGGGGAAAAAUACCAGUGCCCUUAAGUUGAGAAAAAAGGAGAAAUGUAACUAGCACUUGAAUAUACUAUUAAAGGAGCUCCCUGUGCUAAAUCAGUAUUCUGUAAAAUAGUAUUUAAUUGUCCUUCCUUCCUUUUCUCUCCAUCAUUUAUUCAUGUCAGAUUCUCUAAUAUUUGUUCAUAUUAGUAAAGUUGAAGAGACAGUCUUACAGCUCCCUCUUCCUUUGGCAAAUACUAAUUGCAAUGUUGAAUUUGAGAAUAUUAACAGAACUGUCUUCUUCUUCCGAGAAACUUCUUACUUUUGAAGCCACUUUAAAUGUUUAUGGAAAUGAACAAGAAUAAUACACAAGGUUAAAGUUUUAAAAAAGCAUGAUGCUAUUUUUUUAUCAAAACAAAUAAGAUGAAAUAUUUUUUCAGCAAUUACAGGUCAUUCUGGGAUAAAACAGUAAAGCACCAAGUGAGUCAAAAUUAUCUUCUCUAUCAUGGAACAUAGACACAACAUAAAGAUUUCUAACUACCAGUGGGAAAAUAAAGGGAAGCAAACAAUCCACAUUUUUCAACUGAUGGAUGCAUUGAAUUGUUUGCUACUCUAUAAUGAGAUUAUUUUUUUUUAAAAAAGUCUAAACUAAAAUAACUUGAGACAUUAAAAUGUAAUGAAUUGGGAAAAUAAUUUCUUGGGGAAGAUACAAAAUGUAGAGGGCCUAACGCAUGAUAUAUCUGCAGCUCAAACUCUCUCAAACAAUUCCCCCCUUUCUCCCUCAAUAACAAAAGCCCUUCACCCAUCACAAAACUUCAAAGCUACUCACAUAUUCCGUCCUCACAAUAUUUUAAAAAUAAAACCCACUUCUAAUUCCCAUUCCUACUCAUAUUCAUGUUGAAAAAUAAAUUUUCAUUUGGCUUCUGU